AUGAAAUAUUUCUUGUUGAUUUCUUUGAUUGCUGCUGUGUUUGCUGUCAGUAACGUUAUCCCUGAAGAUGAACGCAUACAUGGUGAAAAUGGUUGGUAUAUACCUAACAUAUACCAAUUUAACGAAUGGGUUGACAAAGAAAAUGUUGAGGCCGUAAUUGAAAAUAGCAAAGAUCCUCAAAUCUCAAAUAAUGUUACAUUUUUCUUGUACACUAGAAAAAAUCCCAGUACACCUCAGAUAAUCAUUAUCACCAAUGAAAGUAUUUCUAACUCUAAUUUCAAUGUUAGACACCAAACACGUGUUUGCGUUCACGGCUGGAUGUCUGACAAGGAUGCUAAUAUUAACACUGAUGUCCGUGAUGCUUGGUUAUCCAAAGGUGAAUACAAUUAUAUUUUCGUACAAUGGGAUUCUGCCAAAUCUCCGUAUUAUCCAUAUUCUGCUAAAUAUACUUUCGUUGUUGGUGGUAAGAUUUCCACUUUGCUUCAUUUCUUGAUCAAGCAUUUUCGUGUGAAAUUGCAAGAAUUGACAAUUAUUGGUCACAGUUUGGGAGCACAUAUAUCUGGCUUUACAGCUAAACACUUCAGAUCUACUAAAGUUAAUACCGUUAUAGGUUUAGAUCCUGCUCUUCCAUUGUUCGACAUUAACCAACCUGAUAAACGUCUGUCCAAUACCGAUGCCGACUACGUUCAAUCUAUUCAUACUAAUGGGGGUCGAUUCGGUUUUUUGCAACCUAUUGGCAAGGGAGCUUUCUAUCCUAAUGGUGGAGAAUCUCAACCUGCUUGCUGGUACGAUAUUACAGGUGUCUGCGAUCACAGCAUGGCUAUUUACUAUUAUGCCGAGGCCGUUAGAUUAAAUGAUUUCAACAGCAUGAGGUGUUUAAGAUAUGAACAAGCUAAAGCCAAGUCAUGUCCUCCACGUUUCAGUAACAUUUUUAUGGGUGCCCUCAACGAAACCUCUAGGGAGGGUGGUAUUUUCUUUGUGCCUGUCCACAAAGAUUCUCCCUAUGGGGUAUUAUGCUAAGAUAUUCA